UUUCUCAAAACUCAAAAGCCAUCAAAAGCUGGGCGCCGAAAUUGUGAUGAAAUUGUUAUCAACAUUAAUUAUUAUUUUCUAAAUAUAUCAGUCACGAAUAGUGAUACCUAGUGUGAUAGGAACACAUUCUGAUAAGUUAAAACUAGAACAAUUAGUGGUCCUCAACAAAAAUGAACUCAGUAUUAAGAAGAACAGCAAGGCCUUUGUGCCGAUUUUUAUCGACUACUCCAGUGAACCAGUGCGCCCAGCCUCCCAAGCUGAAGCCCAAAAAAUUUGUAGGUCCUAUAACAUGGAAGUCGGUGGCUAUAACUGCGGUGGUUGGCGGCGGACUAACAGCGGGCAUUUUAUACGUAAGAAAAGAGAAGCAAGAAGCGAUGGAUCGUGAAAGGAAGAAGCAACUUGGUAAAGCGAAAAUAGGAGGCUCAUUUGAACUCGUAGAUUCUGAGGGUAAAACAGUGAAGAACACAGAUUUUCUGGGAAAAUGGUUAUUAAUAUAUUUUGGAUUUACACACUGCCCUGACAUUUGUCCAGAUGAGCUGGAAAAGUUAGCAGAAGUUGUAGAUAAACAUGACAAAACACCUUCAGCACCACCAUUGCAGCCUCUAUUUAUAUCAGUGGAUCCACUGAGAGAUACCCCCGAAAUCGUUGGAAAGUACUGUAAAGAAUUUACUCCAAGAUUGUUAGGCCUCACCGGAACAAAAGAGCAAGUGCAGCAGGCUUGCAAAUCCUACAGAGUAUACUUUAGUGCAGGGCCGCAAGAUGUUGAUGAAGAUUAUAUUGUAGAUCAUACGAUUAUAAUAUAUCUGGUCAAUCCUGAAGGUGAAUUUGUAGACUAUUAUGGCCAAAACAGAAAUGCAAAGGAGAUCCAUGAUUCAAUACUUGUGAACAUCAUGAAGUAUGAGGCUGGAAAGAAGCCAUCUUGGUUUUAAGAAAUAAAGCAUUUAUUUUUAUUUAUUGAUUAGUGUUCUAGAAAUGUACAAAUAAGUUUAUUAAAUAAAUCUGCUUAUUUUA